AUGUCUCAUUCUAUUAAUGGGGCGGACAACCAAGCAAAUUCGAGCGAAGACAUUCCGUUAGCAGAUGAAUUUGACGAUACCACAAUCAUCUCGGGUAGGACACCGAGACCUGCCCAGCCAUUACCCCGUGAAGAGCCCCCUGAAGAUCCCGAGGAAAAAGCCCGGAUAAUUUCUCAAGUUCUCGAACUUCAAAGUACACUAGAUGAUCUCAGUCAAAGAGUGGACUCGGUGAAGGAGGAAAGUCUGAGGUUGCGUAGCGAAAAUCAAGUCUUGGGUCAAUAUAUUCAAAACCUGAUGGGUAGCAGUUCGGUCUUUCAAUCAAGUCAUCCAAAGAAUUCGGCGCACAAAAACGAGAUGUUUGAAGCUUUCUUUUGG